AUGAUCGCCAUGGUCAAAAUACGGUUGAAAGUAAGAAUAACGAUUUCACUAUUUUAUAAACCUAUUAACCCUGCAUUUCAAAUGUUUAAAAAUUCAUAUUUUACUGGAAAUUUUCUAACAGCAGUAUUAUUUGACCUUCUUCGUCUCACAGAACUUGAAACAAAUGGCACAAAAUUGGCGUGGAUCUCUCAAAAGGUAGGUAAUAUAAUAAAUUCGUGACGCGAAUUUAUUGUAUUAAUAAAUUCGGACCUGUUUAACAAUUUACUUUUGUUAUAUAGUAAAUUCAAAGGUCAAGCUCAUGCUGCGCAGGGAGAUAUAGCUUAGUGUUGAACAGCAUGCAGGCAGAGGGCUUGCAUUUUGUAUUAGUAUGCAGAAAAUAUUACUACUGCUAACUUUAGUUCAUGAACUUAUAUAUAUGUUCUCUCGUCUAGUUUACAUCGAGCCAGAAAUGUGCAAGAACAGCAUUGCCUCAUGUGCUUAUUUGAAACUGAUUGGGUAUUGCAGUCUCAACUUCUUUGUUAUGCGGGAACGCUGUCCACUCGCUUGCAGAUUUUGUGCUCCCCCACAAAAAAGUAAGUAUAGAGACCUUAGAAGUUAGACAGACUCAGUGCACCCCUAUACCCUUUUCUUCCUAGGAGCCACUGCUACCUACACUGGCCGUUAUAUGCUAGGUUUAUUGUGUUUAUAAACUUAUAUAGUUGAAAAAAUAUAAGUGCAUGGAAUUACAAUGUAAAAAUUGAACAGAAUGGCGAACGGAAAAUUUUUAGAACCCCUGAAAAAUGACGUCGUGUAAACGCAAUAGGCGGACAAAAAAGCGUGUGUCCGCGUGCCAAAAUUUAAGCGUGCUGCACUCAAAAGGACUGAUGCAUGUGUAAAUGAGACUAAUGUAAAAGUAUAAACUUACCACAUGCGUUUAAUUACUUCCUCAGCAGAGAUCAAACGUCCUCCAAAAUGCGAAGAUGAGAAAUGGCAAUGUCCAGUGUGGGCACACAACGGAGACUGUAUUCGUUUUCCACACUACAUGAAGAAAUACUGUAAAUUAAGUUGUUUGUUGUGUGGUAAAGGUUAGUUGAUCAAACCAAACUUACUUUGUUUAUACUAGAUAGCUCUAUCAGUUCUUAACUGCUCUCCCUACAACCUAGUUCCCUUUUGGUCGAGUGCAGGAGGAAACCUAUACCAAGCAAAAUUUAUUUACAAAACUAAGGGACACUCGAUACUAAAUACCUAAAUACACAAAGAAAAAUCAUAAGCGUGUCGCGUAUCUUGAUAUGUGAUAGAGAUUCCCCUUGAUUCACUUAAACUUUAACUUUGAUUUUCUCGACUUACACAACGUAUUUUUUGAAAAUACUUCGCCAAUAAUGAGCUUACUAGAUUGAUCGUUUUUGAAGUACUAUUUAAAACAUUCGCAGUGCGUGUUUUAUCAGACCUAAAGAUACUCGGCUUCGCCUCGUAUCUUUAUAUUUGAUAAUACACUGCUACUCAUGUUUUAAAUAGUACUUCUAUAUAUUAUAAUUGUUGUCUCUUUGCAUCUUCUCUUUUGAGCCAUUGUCAUUGAAUAGUUUAUGUUAGUGUUAUAUUGUGGUCCAAUAAAGUUGUUAAAAUUAAGAAUUAUAAUUCAAAAUCGGAAAAAAGUCCAUCCCGGUCAAGUAGCCCGCCUCGACCUUUGCCGGGCAGAGCCCAAAGCGGUUACGCCACUGUAAGCACUUUAGAAGGUUGCUUGGAUUGUUAUUCAAGAACAACAUUAACCUGAGAAAAGAUUAACAGCGGUGCUUCCACAAUACACAAUUUGUACAUCCAGUUUCUAUGAUAUAACCAACUUUCUUUCUUUCUUUUAUUCACCAGACAAGGACGAUGAAGUGCAGUUCGACAAAGAUACAUUAUGUCCGACUUGGGGAAGUGUUGGCUACUGCAAUGAAAACGAAGAAGUGAAAACAAAAUGUAAACACAGUUGUGAUGUAUACCAAGAUAAAAAUGGAGAAGGACUUGACCCUGACUAUGAAAACGCAUUCUAUCAUUACCCAUUCUAUAUAUACUAUCCUUAUACCACCCUCAAAGAACCCCUCGCUACAGUUCCCCCCACCGCACACCCGCCUUCGGAGAAACCAAUCACACCCACCCUUCCUCCAAAAUAUUCAACCCUAGCCCCAACCCCUGCUUUUACCACCCCCGAGCCGGGUAAGGGGUUACCACCCAAACCCCAACCUACAGGCAAAUCUCAACCUCCCAAAGACUCUUCCUCCCAACCUGGGGGAGGCGUUGCAGGGGGGAGUGCAGGAGGAACAGGCAUGUUACCACAGAAGUGGCCGGUGACAGGCAAAUUUCCACAUCAAUCAUCAUCACCGCCACCGACAUUUUAUGAAAAUGCACAAGCAUCAUCAUAA